GUCCUACAAAACGUCUGUUAUUGCGGAACAUAUAUGUGCGCUUUAAGUCGCUGCGUUGCAUGCCGACCCAAGUUAAUCGAUGAUCACUCGUGACAUGCCCGGUAGACCAGUAGCUGCGUACAGCGGCAGCGAUGAUAGAUCUAUAAUGAUUACCCCGUGUGAGACAGCUCAGCCUUGUCGACAGCUCUCCUUCGAUAUAGAUCUCGCGACCACUUGGCACGAGGGCACCCCGUCUACUUUAAGAGACAUCCGACCUUUUUAGUGCGAAUGCUAACUGGCUUCAGCUCAGCACAUGCACACGAAGGCAGAAAAAUAGACUGACAGGCGCGUAUUCGAUGUUCCAUGUCGAGCUCUCGCGGCCGCUAAGCACGAUGCGCGCCGUUUACAAGGGAAAGCGGCCGAAGAGACCGCAGGCGACGAGCAACAAGUCAUCUAUCGAUAUCUGGACCAGUCGACAUACAAUGAGCCUAGACUUGGUGUCGAGCACCAGCGGCGAAUUCAACGCGAGGGCGACUCAGGUACAAAGCCACUGUCAACUCUCUCGGAGACGCUGCCGGUACCGGCGCGGCCGUCGCGGGUCUUGUCGCCACAACGGUUGUCAUCGGCUCGAAGUCCGUCAACGCCGCACACCGAUGACCCGGAACUUAUGCUUUCCCCACUGCGGCCGCCACUUGAACGAUUUACAAUGCCUGAGGUAAUGAUCUGAAGGCCAGGUACACGGAGAGGUGUGCCUGUGGAGAGCCACUGGCAGGCACUUGUUGAUCACUAUGUAAGCUUUCCGGCUAACUGUAAAUCGUCAGGCUGUUCCUGCAAAUGUUACCGUUAGCACAGGACUGACGCUCUGCCGGAGGAUUAGCGCAAUGUAUAGCGGGCGCUAUCGCUAUCCCGGAGCGCUCGACUUCUCGGAUCUCACGCACCGGGGCUAUCGAGUUCGACAUCCGCGUGCCCACGAAAAUAAGGAUAACCCCUCGUUUGAACUAUUUGCU